UUUGAUUGAGUAAAACGAGUAGUUUUAUUUGGAGAUGUUUACUUACGUUUGUUAAAUCAAUCUGGCUCGGAAAGUGUAGUCGCCUGGGGUUGGUGUACGGCACGCGCCUAGACCGGGAACGCGCAUUUGCAGGAGUCUUCUCCACUGGUGCGCGCUUCGACAGACAGUUUGACGUGCGUCUUCUCCAAGUUGGGAGUGCGACAUCCUCUGCUACGUUAAUUACUCUUACUGAAACGCAAAAAAAGUUCAAACGGUGCAUCAUGGGAAACCAACUAAACAGGCGAGGAGCCCCAGCCAACAGUUCUGAAACUGCUGACACUGAACAGGAGCCUGCACAACCAGCAGAAGACUCCGGGCUGACAUUGACUCAGGAGGCCAUUCAGGCAGAGAAUCUAGAUGUGGUGAUGGGGGAGCCAGUAACACUAAUGGCAUGUUUACCCACUGAAGAAUGUUUCUCAGAGUGUCAAGUGACAGAGGCUCCUGCUGCCUCGGACCCAUUGACUGAACCAGAGCCUGUGGCAAAGGAAACCCCAGCUCCAGUCCAACCUGAGCCUCUGGUCAGCCGACCAUCACCUCCAGAAUCCGAUCCAAAACCUGUUGCUAAAGCUCAGCUUGCUUCAGAGUCAGUUCCCAAACCAGAGCCAGUGCCCGAACCAGAGCCAGUGCCCAAACCAGAGCUACUUCCUGAACCAGAGUCAGUUCCAGAACCAGAGCCAGUUCCCAAACCAGAGCUAGUUACCGAACCAGUUCCCGAACCAGAGCCAGUGCCUGAACCAGAGCUAGUUACCGAACCAGUUCCCGAACCAGAGCCAGUGCCUGAACCAGAGCUAGUUACCGAACCAGAGUCAGUUCCCAAACCAGUGCUAGUUCCCGAACCAGUGCCUGAAGCAGAGUCAGUUCCCGAACCAGAGACAGAAGUUGAGACAGACCCUGAACCCAUCUUAGAGUCAGUACAAGCCCCAGCUGAGGUUCUGAAGGGGAAGACAGACCUGCUUAGCCAAGAGUCUCUCCCUGAACCAGUGAUUUCUUCACCCCCAUUAAUCGACCUGGGUGUCCCUGACAUAACUCCCCAACCUAUUGACAUUCCGGUUUCCAUCACCGCCCCAGUUCAUGCAGACGAGCCCUCAGACAUCCCGGUGACCAAAGAAUGCCAAGAGAGUGCCGAGGUUAAAGAGAGUGAGGACACAUCGGAACCUCUGGAAAAGCUGAUGGGGGUGGAGGCUGCAGGGAAUUUGGAGCAGCUUGUGAGCGACAUCAACGAGGAAAGUGUUUGUGGACUGCUGAAGAACUUAGAGCUGAAAGGAAAUGACCUGGCCGAUGACCUCAUUCCCACUGAUGUCGAGAUCGCUGAUUCCAUGAGCACUUCCACUGAGCUGAUGUGAAACCAUGGAAAAGGAUUCAUUAAAUAAGUGAAUGGAUAUUUGUCUGUGAAACCCUCUUUAACAGUUACAUGACUUCUGAAAGAAACACAGAUGCAAUGUUUUUACAACUUACUUUAGUGACCUUAUAAAGGCAAAAAGGUAUUUCUCUUUCUAAAUGAACCAAAUGUGCCAAAAGGUGUUUUGGUGGGGCGUUAACACCACAGGGGUUAUUUUCAGUGUACUUUAGUGUAUUGCUGGACAAUAGAAUUGUAUUGCUUUCUCUAUGCAAGUGCACCAAGAAAGAAUUUAAAUGAAUUUCUUUUGAUUGAAAAAUAAAGCCAUUGCUAUAUAUAACAACGCCUGACAGAAAAAGGUUAAAGGCAUGUUGAUCAAGAAAAACGUGAAAAGCAAAAGCUUUUUGAGGAGGAUUUGUGCUUCAAGUGAAUGCAAAACAAAAGGCAAGGGACAAUAGCAAUGCAACCAAGAUGGAGACAGUAUGUGCAUACCGCUUUAUAGCAGAAUACAAGUGUCCAAUAAACAUUUAUGCCUUAACAUAA